UUUCUGACGUCAUUUUUGGUGGAAAUUGGAUCAUACAAUAUAUUGUUAUUGAUAUUGACUGUCUGAAUUCCGAUGCCAUGAUCUUCGGAAUGAAAGUUUGGGAACGAGGGGUGUCAUCUAGUUUGAAUUUCCUGCAACAAAAUUUCAUGAACAUAUUUCCGUUUUCGUGGCAAGACAUGAUUUGGUUCUUGGGAUCAAUUAGAAUUCAGACGGCAACAACAAUAUUUUGUAGUCACAUUUACAGCAGAUAUACGGAUGGAAUACAAUACAGAUUUAUCAACUGUCAAAGAUUCUUCAAAAUGUCUGAAUCAUACGUUUUCUGGAUACACGUGACCCAUUUUAUUCCAAAACUUGGAUUCGUUACAACAUUUAUGUCUGGCCUGUGCCUACUGUUCUUGAACUAUUUCGGUGCUCAGAAAAAUUUCGGAUCUUACAAGUACCUGAUCAGUGCGUUCACAAUGCUGGGAAUGAUUUUUGCAACUGUAGAGAUAAUUGUGUACCCGAAUGUUCACAACUAUAAAGCUAGCUUUCUAUUCUACAGUUUUGAAGAAUCUUUUGGUUUAAGUGGAUCAUGGUCGAGAAAUAUUCCACUGGCCGGUUACACAUUUUUCCACUCGGCAACCAUGUCUCUAUUAUCAGUGCAUUUCAUAUAUCGAUAUUGGGCAGUUUUUGAUACGAACAAACUUGCCUACUUCAACGGAUGCUAUUCUCUUAUUUGGUUCUUCUAUUGCGCGUUUUUCGGCUUUCAAUAUUCUCUUGGAACCUACUUUUUUUUGGCAAGAGACGAAAUAACUGAUGAAUAUCUUCGUGAAGAUAUGCUUCUCAGAUAUAAUGCGAAUAUCAGUGAGCUUCCAGCUAUGGCCAUAGUUGCCUACGAUCCUGUGGAUGGAUCAGUAAGAUGGAGAAAUGUUAUGGGAAUAUUUAAUAUUUGUUCAAUUGUCAACUUUCAAUAUGCUAUCAUGUUCUACUGUGGAUGGUCAAUGCAUACAAAAAUGGAGGAUAAAAUUAAGAAUUUUUCCGAGACUCUUCGAAAACAUCACAAACAGUUUUUCAAAACUCUCGUGCUUCAGAUAACCACUCCUACAAUCAUAUUAUUCAUUCCCAUCACAAUUAUAAUAUUUCUUCCUCUGUUUCACCUAGACGUCAGCCUCCCAUCUGGUGUCAUGUUAUGCAGCUUCACAUUGUAUCCUGCUGCAGAUUCAUUUAUUGUCAUGUUCGUUGUGUCGGAGUACAAGAAUACUGUCAAAAGAACUCGAGCGGCCUUUUCUAAGGGUUUGAAGGAAACCAUACAGUUUAGAGUACAACCAUCUGGAAUUACAAGUUCUCGUCAAAUUACUUAA